GAUUUGUUUUUACGUAAUAUUGUACUAUGUAUAGCGUCCCUUGAAAUCAGAGGUUGCACUCCAUCCGGAGAUUCCUACUGUGUUGUUAAUACGUUUACUUUAUAUUUCUACAACGAAUCAUGUCUCACAGUCACGGAGAAGAUGAUUGCUGCUCGGAAGACCACGGAAGUGGUGGCAAAUCGAGAUUGGAAAGCUAUGUAUUCAGUUGUGAAUUAUCAUCAAAAGUACCGUUCUAUACUUUCCAAUGUGACGAAGAGGAGGAUUUGGAACAUUUUCUUGAGCUGCGAACGGUGUGCCUGGGAAAGGGAGCCAAGGAUGAGAAUAAUGUGGUGGAAGUGACUGCUAUGAACCACCAGGGAAAAACUAUCUCUGUACCUGUUGCAAACCUCCAUAUCAACUGCCUGCCCAUGGUGAGUCUUGGGGAGUUUGAGUUAAAGGCCCCCGUUACAAUCAGACUGAAGUCAGGUACCGGACCGGUGAACGUUAGUGGUCUGCAUCUCAUUGCCACUGACAAUGGUGACUCUGACAUGUCUAGUGAAGAAGAAAACUUGGAAGAAGAGAUCAUCCCCAUCAAACCAGCCAAGAAGAAGAAGAAUCAGAUGUUUUAAUGGGACUGGAUCUUAUAUCCUGGAUAUGUGAUUUAUAGGUGUUUUGGGAAUAAACAAGAUGAACACCAAAAAAUAAACAUAUCAAUUCAGAUAUUUGCUGUCACACUGCAAAGUUAUUAGAAUGCAGGUGCGCUAAAAUAAAUUGACUCUACGAGGGAAAGAUGCUUGAAUCUGGACCUCAUGUUCAAUGUUUGACCUUGUUUGGGUUGUGGUUACUAAACCAUAUCCUGGGAUUGGUUAACUCUUGUCUGUUUGAGACCGCUCCUGGUGUCUGCUGUGUUUUUAACUGCAGAUGUAUUUUAGUUUAGUUGCCAAUUCUUUCUAUGUAUUGUACGAAAUAUACAGUGAACACCCUAAAAUUAUUAUUGUUAAAACAAUUUUUGAGUAAAAAUGGUUAUAAAGCUUUUAAGAAUCAUUAGGGUGUAAUUACUUUGGGCUAUGCACCUUUUUAAAGGUGGAGACGGCAUUUAUGGUCAAUGCUGCCUGUCUGUUCAUUCAGAUAUUACUGUAAUGUCAAGUGGAUCCAACACAAUUUGGAAUGAAUCCAGGAUGUUAUUUCCUAAAGCCUUUGUUAUCAUCAUGGUUAAAUUGUCUUCAGUGGACUAAUAUGUUUUACUCAGGGCCAUUCAAAUGUAUUUGGGUGCCAGCCUUCAAGCCCAACAUAUUUGUUAUUUGACAUUUCAGCCAAAAGAGAAAUAUCUUGAUUUGUAGCUAAUUUCCUAUUAUCAUUCACUUUUUACCAUGAUGCUAUCUGAAUAUUUUGUACAUUUCAAUAGCAAUUCUACAAAUAUGGGGUCCUGCAUGCUCGACUGGUAAUGCGGCCCUGUUUUCACCCCUGACUUUCAGUCUAUUUUCUGGUGGGUGAAAGUAAAAAAUGCAUUGUUUUAGUAUACUGUUGUUAAUUUGGAUAACAGUAGACCUCUUCCAUCUUGUUGGGGAAGGGGUUUGAAUAGGUAGGUGUUGAUGUUAUUGUUGUUCCUUGAGCUGGGUUGGAUUUGAACGUGAAUAAAUAGCCUGGUAGAGGUACUCUGGAAAAACACUCAUGUGAACAUAAUGACCUGUUUCUGACUGUUUAGGAAAGUAAAAGAUGGCUAAUUCAUUAAUCCUUUGUGAUAUUACCUCUUUUUGAAGUUAUUUUUAUUUUGUACAUUUUCAUAUUGUAUAAAUAAAAACAUGGUUUUAAUUUGGAUGUUUCAUUUAUUGUAUUGGUUUAAACAAAAAUCAUAACUUAUUUUUGGAUGUCUGAGAUCUGACAUUGCUCUCAGUGUCAUCAGAGACUAUUGUAUUGUGGUAUACUAAAUAAAGGAUGCCUCUGCUUGCUA